ACUGAGAUAGUGAUGAGUGAGCUUUCUUGGUGGAGACUCGAGAAAAGCAAAGGUAAGAGAGCUACCAAGAACUACCCAUGGCAGCAUUCAUAGGCUUCCCUGCACAAGCUUCCUCUCCUACGGACCAUUCCCAGCCACCACCUUCUUUAUAAACUCUACAGGAGAGUGCACAUGAAGUAAGCUAAGCCUGGAGAGGUAGGCUUGUCUAGAGAGAGAGAGAGAGAGAGCAGCAGCAGCAGCAGCUGCAGCCGGAGGCAGUGACAAAGAUGGUGAAUUGGGUGGAAGCACAGAAGCCCAUCUUGCACUGGCUGGUGCGGGGUGCGGGGCUGCGCCAGCAGACCAUCGAGAUCGAGCCCGGCACUGUCAUCAGCAUGUGGGUUCCCAAGGAGAAGGUCAUGGCCAACAAGAAGAAGGCCACCAACAAAGAAGUAGUUCCUGACCUGAGUAGCGAUGGCAGCAGGGACGAGGAGGAAGACAAGAGGAAGAAGAAGAAGAAGCAGCGAGGCAAAGAGAAGGAGAAGCCAGCGGUGGUACUGGUGCACGGAUUCGCAGCGGAAGGGAUCGUCACGUGGCAGUUCCAGUUCGGGGUGCUGGUGAACCAGUACGAGGUGUACAUCCCCGACCUGUUCUUCUUCGGGGAGUCGACCACCGCCGCCGCCGACCGCUCCCCGGCCUUCCAGGCUGAGUGCCUGGCCGCGGCGCUCGACAAGCUCAGCGUGCGGCGGUGCACCGCCGUGGGGUUCAGCUACGGAGGGAUGGUGGCGUUCAAGAUGGCGGAGCUGCGACCGGACCUGGUGCGCUCGCUGGUCGUCUCCGGCUCCGUCUUCGCCAUGACGGACUCCAUCAGCAGGGCGACGCUGGACCAGCUCGGCUUCGCCUCCUCCUCGGAGCUCCUCAUGCCGGAGUCCAUCAAGGGCCUCAAGGCCCUGCUCUCCGUCUCCAUGCACAAGAAGCUAUGGUUCCCGGACUUCCUCUACAAGGACUACCUCGAGGUGAUGUUUAGCAAUCGGAAGGAGAGGGCAGAACUGCUCGAGGGUUUGGUGAUCAGCAACAAAGAUGCGAAGGUUCCCUCUUUGGAUCAGAGGAUACUCUUGUUGUGGGGAGAGAAUGACAACAUAUUCAACCUAGAGCUUGCCAAGGACAUGAAAGAACAACUGGGCGAGAAGGCCAUAGUACAAAGCAUAAAGAAAGCAGGGCAUCUUCUUCAUGUUGAGAGGCCCUGCGCUUACAAUCGCCACCUCAAGAAAUUCCUCGCACUCGUAAAAGAUGAAGGCACCGAGGAAUGAUCAAGUUCAAAUGUCCUUUAUUCAAUUAUAAGUUUGUGGACCAGCAUUACUAUUUAUUUCUAUCAUUGCAUUGAAUAAACCAUGUUCUUGAGCUUUCCAGUUAUAUUUCAUAAUUAGUUCCAUUGUUAUUCUGUUGACUUGUGAACUUGCUGAACAAACAGCUUAAAGAACUUGUAAUACUAAAGGGGAAUUGGUUUU